UCUUUCUCCAGCAGGGUGUCCUCGCCGAUAACACUCACAGGAGCGAUGCUGUCUGUCUUUGCAUCAAAAUUUUGAAAGCACACGGAAAGCUUCUCGUCAAAAUCAUUCACUAAAUCCUCCAUGGACCUGAAAACACCGGUUCCCCCUGGAGAGUAGCUGCCGUCGUGCAGCUCGGGGAUAUCAUCCUCAUCAUCAUCCCCCUCGCCCUGGAGGAGCUGCAGGGCUGCUGCUGCUGCCUCCUCUCCCGCCGCGGUGCAGACGGCUGCUCGGCCUUUCUGGUCCGCCACCAUGCUAAGAUCACUGAAGAUAGGCCAGUCUUCGUCGAAAUGUGCUAUAGGUGCAGCCAUAGCCCGGACCAGCCUAACAGCCCCGGGUCAAUAAUGGAUGUGUAACGGGACUGGCAGGCCUCAGCAUCCUCUCUGAAUGCCUGCUACUUCCCACAGAAAGCAAGGCUGGGCCGGACAGUAUGGCUGCUCCGCUCCGGGAGGCCGACUAGUGGCUAAAAGUGACUGGAUGUCAAGCUGGAGAGAAACCUGAGCAGGGCAUCAUUACUUCCCAGAACAGCUUUGAGUGAUUGAAUUAGGCUCAAAUAUGUCAAUACAUAUGUUUCAAAGCACUUAUACACCCAGCCUUCAGUGACUGGAGUCACAAAAACUGCCUCCUGCUGAACUCCUCAAAGACAAAGGAAAUUGUAGUAGAUUUCCGAAGAUCCAGGCUCUGCCAUCUGCUAGUUAACAUUCGAGGUGGUGCCAACCUACAAAUAUCUAGGUGUACACCUGGACAACAAGUUGGACUGGUCCCUUAACACAGAUGCACUCUACAGGAAGGGGCAGAGCCACCUCUUUUCUUAAGGAGGCUCAGAUCCUUAGACAUCUGCAGAAAGAUGCAGCAGAUGUUUUAUCAGUCUGUGGUGGCAACUGUGUUAUUCUAUGCUGCAGUCUGCUGUGGAAGCAGUAUAAAACACAAGGAUGAGAGGCGACUGGACAAACUAAAAUAGCUGGCACUGUGAUUGGAACCAGGUUGGACUCACUGGUGGCUGUGGUGGAGAGAUGCACACAGAAGAAGCUAGAGGCCAAUCUAAAUUACACAGAUCCUCCACUUCACAACUUCUUUGUGGACCUGAGAAACAGCAGCAGUGGACGGCUCAUCUCUCUGCACUGUAGGACUGAGAGUUUAAAGAAAAAUCAUUCAUCCCUGCAGCCAUUAGGCUUCAUAACUCUCUAGCCAAUGGGAGAUGAGCUGACAGACUCCUGAAUUACUUGUUUAAUGUGAUUUUUAAAAAUAAUUUUAUCUGACAGACACCUGAAUUUCCUCCUUGGGGAUGAAUAAAGUACAUUCUAUUCUAUUCUACUCUAUAUUCAAGAUUCGUGUCAAUUUUCACUAUAUAUACGAAGACAUACAGGAAAAUCAUGAUGCUGUUUCUCUCUUCCAACUCUUGAAUACAAAAAAAUUUAAAUAUGAAAUACAAUCAAAUUAUAAUAAAAUACAAUUAAAAACAGCCUAUGUACAAAGUGCAGGUAGUGCAAUGCAGUGACACUGAAAAUGGACAAAUGUAAAUAGAUACUAGUGCAAAUUAUAUUAAGGUGCAGACAGUAUUGGAGAUAAAGUACAUGGUUUAAUGAUAUUGAUGAUUGUAUCAGUUGGUCUCAUUGGAGGAUGAUUUUGGUGGAAAACUGCUUUUUUAAUAUAAAUUGCAAAAAAAAUACAAAUUCACAGGCCAGUCAUUUAAACAUAGGACAGGUGACUACACCUACUAAGUGUAUUUGUUUGAUUGAGUUAGGCUGUAGAGUGAAAGAAACAGCGCCCCCUUGCGGUUGAAAGAAGAACAAUUCAAACAUUGUUCCAUUGUAAUCCAGCGCUUCGCCUGCGUUGCUAUUGGCAGCGGACUCCAAACAAACCGAUAGAAAGUCGGGAAAUCCCUGAGAGCAGGCCUCUGCCUGACCCAGUCUGCGAUAUAUAGACCAGCUGCCUCUCCCGUCUCAAGUGAAAUGAGCUCACCCUUGUCCAUGCUGAAGAAAAUGAAGCGCACUCCUCUGCAGGGCCCACUGACUGAUAAAGGGGGCAGGCAGAAAGUGCCUUUCAGGAGGAACAUGUUUAAAGAAUUUCAGACACAGUUAACUGAUGAUGAUGGUGAAUCCUCCGGUCAAAAUCUUCCCCCAAGCUCGAACACCCUUAACAACCCUGCCUCCACUUCAAAGUCAAAAGCCCCAUUAAAGAAAGGUGCUCCACCAACUGAUUUUGAGCUCAUGUCUGCCAUGAUGCAGCGUGUGACCCUGCUGGAGAGAACAGUGAGGAGCCAAGCACAGGAGAUCGAGCAGAAGAGUAAAAGGGUUUCCUUCUUGGAAGAAAAAGUGAAGCUCCUGAAAGACUCAGAGAACACUUGUGAUCUAAGAGAUGAUGUUGAAAGAAGGUGCCAACAACUGCAGAAUCAAGUGUGUGAAAUGGAGAGCUUUCUAAAUGAUUACGGUUUGAUCUGGGUGGGAGAUGAAAACCAGCCACUUAACUCAGAGAGAAGCCUCUGGCAGCCAGAUGCCUCCGAGGUCAGGAAGUUCCACAUGAACUUUGACAUUGUGCUGCAGAGGAUUCGGGAGCUUAAUGUCGUCUCAGGAGAAGGAGAAAGUUUCAUUCAGCCAACAUCCACUGGAGCUCAGCUGGCAAAGAAGGACCCCAUUCAGCUGAGUCUGUACAGCAAUGGCAUUGUGAUGUUUGACGGUCCUUUCCGCUCUUACCAGGAACAAAGCACACAGGAGUGCAUGCAAGAUCUGAUGGAUGGGUAUUUUCCAUCUGAGCUUCAGGACAGAUUUCCAGAUGGUGUUCCUUUCAAGGUUCACGACAGACGAGAUGAGGAAUUUAUUUCUAGACUACCGUGGAAUAAAUUUCCUGGAGAAGGACAGGCUGUUCUGGGGGAUAAAGAUGAAACAUCAAGUGUUGUCAGCUCUAAAUUACCUGGGAAGAAGCUGAGCAUGGAUCAGUUUCUGAGUAAGAUACCGAGGGUGGUACUCAAGGCUGGUCGUGUGAUUGAUGUCCGGGACUCACUGAGGAGAACACUGCAGGGUUCAUCUGAUGCCCGGAGCAGCUCAGUGAUUCUCGUAGACACACCAGCUCUGCAAGCCAUGAGAGAGAGACUGCAGACAUCUGGAGAUGACAGGCCUUCGUCUGCCUGUGAAGUUCUCACACUCAAGGUAAAGUCAGAAGACGGGAAUCAUACUUACGUACUGAAAAUGAGUUCCUCAGAGACAAUCGGCAACUUGCGGCAGUACCUGGACAAACACAGAGGGGUUCAUCUCAAUGGAUAUGACAUCAUCAGUGUGUACCCACAGUGCUGUUACGAUGAGGACAGCCACACUCUCCAGUCAUGUGGACUCACGAUUAAUGCUGCUCUGCUGCUCCGAAACAGGAGACACCCUAAUUCACAGACUGAAGUCAUAAAGUAAACCUGUGACUUAAAUGUU